AGCGUUUUGAUUCACACCGGACCGCCGUCCCCGCUUUCACUCAGAGUUUGCUCGCUGGUUGGCUCGACCGCCGGCCUCCCACCGAUGCUCCGAUGCGCGCUCCGAGCGACGCUCUUUGUGGCCGUGGCGGCCGCAGCGACCGCAGCGACCGCGGCGGCCGACGCCGACUGUGAGGAGGUCUCCAUGUUGGUCGCGAAGCAGGUGCCGGGACAGGAGAAGAAUGAUCCUCUCCGCACAGAGACGCAGAAUGAGGUGAUGCUCUUAUCAAGCAAUUUGCAGUACCAAGUUGUCUUCACCGACACCGACGCAAAUGAACUGUCCAGCUUCCUCGAGGGCUGUCGCCAGAUCUUCCUGGACGUUGGAUCCAACCGCGGCACGCACGUCCGAAAGCUUUUUGAGCCCCAGAAGUAUGCUGGUGCCCCAUACCUGAAAGUCUUCGAGCGAGUCUUUGGGCCGGCCUGGAAACGGCGAACGCCCUCCAGUGGCAUUUGUGCCGUUGGCUUUGAGCCCAACAGCGAGUGGAUCCCUCACCACCAGGACAUCGAACGCACCUAUGCAAAGCAGGGAUGGAAAGUCAAGUUUUUCCCGGUGGCCGUCAGCGACCACGAGGGAAAGUUGGAAUUUUUCCACGGAACCAAGGGCAACUCCGAAGUCGGCUUCUCAGCUUUCCGGCACAAUCACAGUGGCCAGACCGUGGAGGUUCAGAUGGAACCCUUCAGCCAGUUCAUCUCCAGGAUCAACACGACGGUGCCCUCGGGAAUUCGCUUGGUGAAGAUGGAUAUCGAAGGCUCCGAGUUUGAGGUUCUUCCGGAUUUGCUGCAGAAGCGGAUGCUUUGCCAGGACACCAUUCCGGAGCUCACCAUUUAGUGGCACUUCCGCUUCUUUGGAGAGGCGUCCCAGGAGAAGAACCAGCAGAUUUGGAAGGAUGUGCACUUGCACAAGUGCUUCGGCUCGGGUCUGACGUUGGUGCAAACAAUCGACGACGAGUCCUUCACGGACGAUGGAAAACCCUUACCAUAAGUGGUUGAGGGCUGCUCGACUUCAUCGGCCGGAGCGCUUGCGUCGAAAUUUUCCUGGAGAGGUAUGUUCUCCUCCAACCCAAGAGGGAUGGCCUUUGACCUAAGAGCGAUGGCCUCCAACCUAAGAGCGAUGGC